AUGAGAAAAAGUUCAGUUGGUUUUUUGGCAUUCCUUCUACCAAUUUUCGUUUUUGCUAUCUCAGAAAUUACGACCGCGAAGGCGAAAGUAUGUGAAAAGCCAAGCAAGACCUGGUUUGGGGUGUGCAAAGACCCAUCCAAGUGCGACAAGCAGUGCAUAGAGUGGGAGGGUGCAGAACAUGGAGCUUGUCAUCAACGUGAAGCAAAAUACAUGUGCUUUUGCUACUCCAAAUGUGAAGCCAAAGCGUCUCCUACUCCUCCCUCUACUGCUCCCCCUGGGAAUGGGUCACCGAAUCCUCCUGGAACUCCUGGAAGUGAAGGUGGACAACAACCUCCUGCAGAAGGCGGAAAACCACCAUGCAAAAGGAGGCGAGCCACCUCCAAGCAUUUGAUUGGACCCAAUCAUCUUACAUGA